ACUACACUCCCCACAAUGCGGCGCGGCGCGUCGGGCGCAGCCUCACGCAGCCCCGGGGCUCGGCCGUGCACCCACGCCGGGCGGAGCGCCGCUCUGCCCGCUGUCAUGGCCCCGGCGGCGCUGACGGCGGCGCUGCUGGGUGGGGGUCUGCUCCUCGCCGCCUGGCGCUGGCUGCGGGCCGCGGCCCGCCCCGGAGCCGGAGCCGGGGCCUCCAUGCGGGGCAAGACGGUGAUCAUCACCGGGGCCAACAGCGGGCUGGGCCGGGCGGCGGCCACCGAGCUGCUGCGAAUGCAGGCCCGCGUCAUCAUGGGGUGCCGCGACCGCGCGCGGGCCGAGCGGGCGGCCCGCGAGAUCCGAGCCGAGCUGGGCGAGCGGGAGGCGGCCGAGGGCGGCGGCGAGCUGGUGGUCCGCGAGCUGGACCUGGCCUCGCUGCGCUCCGUGCGCGCGUUCUGCCACCGCGUCCUCCAGGAAGAGCCAAGGCUGGAUGUUCUGAUAAAUAAUGCAGGGAUAUUCCAGUGUCCAUACAUGAAGACAGAGGAUGGCUUUGAGAUGCAGUUUGGUGUAAACCACUUGGGUCACUUCUUGCUCACCAACCUUCUUCUGGGCCUCCUCAAAAAUUCUGCUCCGAGCAGGAUUGUGGUAGUGUCCUCAAAGCUUUACAAGUACGGAGAAAUCAACUUUGAAGACUUGAACAGUGAAAUAAGUUACAAUAAAAGCUUUUGUUACAGCCGGAGUAAACUGGCUAACAUACUAUUUGCAAGGGAGCUAGCCCGUCGUUUGGAAGGGACAGGAGUCACUGUCAAUUCACUUCAUCCGGGUAUUGUCAGAACAAAUUUAGGGAGACACGUGAAUAUUCCUUUACUGGCAAAACCCCUAUUCAAUUUGGUGUCAUGGGCUUUCUUCAAAACACCUCUGGAAGGAGCCCAGACUUCUAUUUAUUUGGCCUCUUCUCCUGAUGUUGAAGGUGUGUCUGGGAAAUAUUUUGGGGACUGCAAAGAGGAGGAACUUCUGCCCAAAGCCAUGGAUGACUUGGUUGCAAGAAAAUUGUGGGAUAUAAGUGAAGUGAUGGUUGGAUUAUUGAAAUAAGUGCCAGGGAUUAUCUGAUAAGAAAAAUGCAGAUAGCUAUGCAAUAAAUAUUUGGAACUGUAAUUCUCACCUUAAAUGCUGUGAGAACACAGAUCAAUGCUUAUAAAUGUUUGAUAGAGGAGUGAUUUAUGCUGGAAUUCUGUUUUAAAAUAAAGAUGAUCUCUAUUUAAUAAGCACAAGCAUUCAAGAAGAACCUGAAAUAGAGUUUGAGGGUGUGAAUGUAACUUCUGACUAAAUCUGUUCAGAAAGUCAUGUUCUAAAAUAAAAAUGAAACAAAACUCUGUUUUGCGGUAAA